ACACACACACACAGCAAAGAUUUAUUCUGUCUGUUCAGCGUUCUGUUCUGUUCUGCUGAUUGCUUGCUGAACUGGUUAGUUGUUAUGGCGUUCUGAAAAAUAAUUAAUCCUAGAAUCGAAAGAUCAGCUUUGUUUUAAUCUUCGGAGGAAAUUUACUCCAUCGUUUGAAAGGUUGAUUUGCCUUAAAAUUACAAUUACGCCACUUUGAUUACGGAUUUCUCUGUUGUAAUUUUCAUGUUUUGAUGAGAAAAUGUCCCUCAAGCCAAAGAAGGUUGAUUUUAACGAAACAUGGGAUGUACUGCAGGAAACAGUCAAGGGAGUAAUUACUUUGGGAAACGUUCCUCGCUCUAUUUGGAAUGAUCGAUUCAGUGAUGUCUACUCCCUCUGUGUUGCUUACCCGGAACCAUUAGCCGAUCGAUUGUACGCAGAAACCAAGCAGUAUCUAGACAACCAUGUCAAGUCUCUGCUGGAGAAGGUAAAAGAAAACGGAGACUCUGGUCUGUUGAGAAACUACAACCAGGCGUGGGACGAAUACAGCCAAGGAAUCAAUUAUCUACAUAGAUUGUAUUUAUAUUUAAAUCAACAACACAUCAAAAAGCAAAAAUUAACCGAAGCAGAAAUAAUUUAUGGCAAUGCCAUUGUGGAUUCUCAGGAGCAGAUGGAAAUUGGGGAACUAGGUCUUGAAAUAUGGAAACGUAAUAUGAUUGAACCGCUGCAAGAGAGCCUUGUCAAGCUGUUGUUGGAUGGUAUACACCAAGAUCGGCUCGGCAGCGGCCAGCACAACAACAAUGACGUGAUCCGAGGAGUCAUCCAGUCUUUCGUCAGUGUUCAAGAAUACAAGAAGAAGGGCAAUCUAGAGAUCUGCCGCUGUGUAUUUAGCUGUCCAGCUAAGCUAAGGUGUUGGCGAGUUUUGUAUGAAAAGAUAUUCGAGGAUCCUUUCCUGUCGGCCAGCGGUGAAUAUUAUAAGCGUCUUGCGGCCAAAUUCCUACAAGAGAGUGAUGUGUCGCAGUACAUGGAGAAGGUGAUGCAGUGUUUAGAGGAUGAGACUAGACGAUCCCAUAGGUUCCUACACUACAGUUCAUACAGUAAGGUGAGGUCGAGGUGUGAGUUACACAUGGUGGCAGAUCAUCUGAGCUUCCUACACGGAGAGUGUGAGGCUAUGGUUCAACAGGAGAGGUGCAAGGAUCUAGCCAACAUGUACCCACUGUUGCGAUCUGUACCUAGCGGAGUACAGGUACUUAUAGCUCAUGUGAUGAACCAUAUCAAACAGCAGGGUUUGGAGGCAGUCACUGGACUCAGAGGUGAUAAUGUUCACUCCCAGUUUGUAGAGAGUAUGCUCAGUGUACACAAGAAGUACAAGGCUUUGAUACAGGAAGUGUUCUCCAACGAUCAAAGUUUCCUGGGAGCCUUGGACAAGGCUUGCUCUUCAGUGAUAAACUUCAGACCAAACCCGAAACAACCCUGCAGGUCUCCUGAACUGCUUGCAAAAUACUGCGACAUGCUGCUGAAGAAAUCGUCCAAAGGAAUGUCAGAAAACGAAAUUGAUGAGAAAUUAGCUCAGUCCAUAACAAUUUUCAAGUACAUCGAUGACAAAGAUGUAUUUCAGAAGUUCUACUCUCGAAUGUUAGCCAAACGACUGAUUCACCAACAAAGUCAGUCUAUGGAUGCUGAAGAGGCAAUGAUUAACCGUCUGAAGCAAGCUUGCGGCUACGAAUUUACCAACAAACUGCACAGAAUGUUCACAGACAUUUCUGUGUCUACAGAUUUGAACAACAAAUUCAGCGCUUUUCUUAAGAAAGACAACAUUGAUCUGGGGAUCAAUUUUUCAAUAUACGUUCUUCAGGCAGGUGCUUGGCCUCUAGGUCAAACGACUGUUACAUCUUUUGCAGUUCCUCAAGAAUUAGAAAAAUCUGUACAAAUGUUUGAAAACUUUUACCACAAUCAUUUUAGCGGCAGAAAAUUAACAUGGUUACACCAUUUAUGUCAAGGUGAGCUGAAGUUAGGGUACCUUAAAAAGACGUACAUUGUUACGAUGCAGACAUUUCAAAUGGCUGUGUUGUUGUUGUUUGAGAACUGUGAUUCACUGAGUUGUGGCGAAGUGCAGCAGACUCUCCAACUCAAUUCUGAACAGUUCAGCAAACACAUCUCCAGCCUAGUGGAAUGCAAACUGCUCUCUGCCAGUUCUGAGAAACUCCAAGGAGACACAACACUGACGCUGAACUUGGACUACAGUAACAAGCGGACUCGGCUGCGUAUCACGACUGCGCUGCAGAAGGAAUCUCCCCAGGAGUUGGAGCAGACAGUGACUGCGGUAGACGAGGACAGGAAACUGUACCUGCAGGCGGCCAUCGUCAGGAUCAUGAAGUCUAGGAAGGUCCUGAGGCAUAAUGCACUCAUCCAGGAGGUGCUGAGUCAGCCAAAAGCCUUCGCUCCUGCAAUUAGCAUGAUCAAAAAAUGCAUUGAAGCUCUUAUAGAUAAACAGUACAUUGAGAGAACCCCCAACUCUUCAGACGAGUACAGUUAUGUUGCGUAACCUAACAAGACAAAACCGCCUUUCUUAUUUAUUUUGUUUUGUAUAUUAUUCCAAAUUUUAUGCUCAAAGUGAAUAUUUAUGGAUAUAUUGUACGAUUAAGCGUUCAACCGACUCAUAAGCCAAUUUUCUACCUUGGUUUAUGAGGAUAUGCAAGUGUAUAUAUGUUAUCGACAAAUUUAUUUUUUUAUUUUUUAUGUUGGCACGGAUUUAUACCAAAUACCAUCCUACAACAUAAUCUAUACUUCACAGAUCUUGUACUAGUCAUUGUUUAAUUUUUGUUGGUGUUAGCUUCUAUACGAAUUGCAUACUAAUGAAUUUUUUUUUUAGCAUAAAGUAGUUUGCUUUGGUAAAUUACGUAAUUAAUAUUGAUGAUUCUCGCUUUUUAAUUAUGUUCUGAAAUAUGUAUGUUUUAUUGAUCAUGGUGAUAAAUUAACUUUACAAAUAAUAUAGGAAAGGAUGACAAAACAUUCUGCGGUAUGACUAUUUUCAAGAUAUUUGACCCACUCUCAUUAAAGAAAUUUAUCUUUAGUCUACAGUUUCACCUGUUGAAUAUCAACCAUCCUUCAAUCAGUAAUAAAUUAUCUAUUAUUUAAUUUUUAUGUUUUUAAACUUACUUAUGUUCAGUUUUCCCACUUGUAGUUGAAUUUAGAUGAAAUCUUAAACGAUGUAUUUUGCAUAAUGUUCUGUGAUAGAUCAGCAAUACAUUGUUUUUUCUUGUGAAGUUAAUUUUCGGUUAUUACUUUUCAAGUACAAUACUCUUGAAUGAGGCUGUUAAGAGGGCAACUGAAGAUCGAACAUUUGGGUUAUCGCUAAUUUUACAUUGCAGUAAGGAAAUCACAUAAUACUGCUUCACUCUCAUAACAAUUUCCAGAAUUACACUAGUAUACUAGUAAAACGUUUUGCUAGUUAUAACUCGUUGCUGGAAUGUUUACCAGAAAGAAUCAAUGCUUUCUUAUCAGUCCUUACCAUGAGGUGAAUGCAUGAAGAUGUGGAAUUUUUAUAAAUAUUGUAUGUAAAUAAAGUUUUAAAACACUCAAA